GGGAGGAUAUCCAUUACUCACCACCCUAACAUCCAUACCACCAACCACUACCGUCCUGUCGCCAGUCUUAUCGAGGCCAACGAGCGAGGCGCGACUUUACGCUCUACACUGUGGGCACGGCAGCCGGGGAAAAUCAAACCUGGCAACGAUCAGCGAUUCCUGGUUUCCAAGAGUGAAAUGGGCUGCUGCGGUUCCCGGCCUGCAGGGCCAAACUCGCCCUACCCUGGGGAUGCUGCGUCGGCGUCGGCGCGCGCAAUCAACACCGUCGCAGCCCGUCCCGCUGCGGGCUCGCCACUCUCUGGGGAUGCCGAAGCGGCAGCAUCGCCCACAUCCACGCGCUCACCUCAGAGACACCGUCAUCGCCAGCCGCUCGACCAGCACAUCAACAAGCCGCUGCGCUGGCACCGGUGGGCAUCGCGCAGUCGCGUGUGGACGCGAGAGGACCUGGCAGCCGAGAGAAAGGACUUUUUCGACACUCGAGUGACGGGUCGCGUCGAGGUCUGGCAAGCCAUCAAGACUGCGCUCGAGGUUCUGUGGGAAUCAGACCCCAAUCCUCCCCCAGGGACGACGGCGCCGACUCAGGAGCAACAGGAAGAGGCGCUGCUCACGGCGCAGAGCAUCAUGAUGGCUGCUGAUAUAACGCUCCCCACGGGUAACCUUGCGCAGGGUGUCUACGACCGGCUCGGCAACUACUAUGCCCUGCCCGAGCACGUCGUCUGCAAUCCGGUCAACGUCAUCAAUGCCUCGGACCUCCCACCUUCGGACGAUGGGGAUGAGAUUGAUGACGACGAGGCUGAUAUUGGAAGCAUUGGGGAUACUAAACAGCCUUAUAUUGCCAGCUCUGCCGAGGAUGACGAGACUGAUAAGGCGGCCCAGCGCCGUAAAGAAAAGGGAAAAGAGGUUGAAGUUGAGGAGGAGACCAUCACCGUUCGCUGUCGGCUUAGCGAAAAUGCGCGGGAUGUAGUGGUUACACUUCCCAAGAAGAGUCCAGUACGGGUUUUGGCCCGUCGAAUAGUCGAGGAAGCCAAGCUUCCGAACGACACGAGCGUACGGAUCGCAUACUUGGGAAAGAUACUUCGUGACACGACACCUCUUACCCUACAAGGUUGGCAGGAGGGACAUGUACUGAACGCCAUGUGCUUCAGCAAAUCACGUUAG